ACUUUAACGUUUUCAGAAACACACAAUUUCUCUGGCGUCGUCAUUAAAUCUUGGUGGAAAAGUAACUGUAUCAACAAUUCUUUCAUUGGUUAGUGUGAAACGUUUGUUGGAGAAGUUGUAGUAGAAGAUUUGGAAAAACAUAAUGUAUUCCUAUAGAUCCUAAAAUACUGGUCUGACCAAUUUGCAGAGCUAAUCAUGUGGUAUUUACCCUCUAAUUUGAGCUUCGGAACACCAUUGAAGAAAUGAGAGUGCUAAUUUUAGAAAUUCAAUGUCGCAUUAACCGUUCGAGUUGCAGAAAUGCAGCCUGCGCCAAAAGUUCCAGAAUAAAGUGUACUUUUUACACAUAUAAACAGGCACGCACAGGUUUCUGGGAAGCGAAACCGGUCAUAACCGAAAUCGAACAUAAUAGAAACUGAUCAAGACGGUCUUGCUUGACAAGGCCGGCUUUGUAUAAACUAAAUUUUAUUUUCUUGGUAUUUUUUUCAGCCAAGUGGAGAAGGAAAAUUAAGUAUUUCAACGAACAAUUCAGUGGGUUUUGAUAUAUGCAGGAUGAGUAGAUUAAAGAGCAAUUUCAAGCGUAAACGUGCUAUGAAUCCAGAUUUGUGUACAAGUUUGGCCGAUGAUGCUCAAAAUUUGGAUAAUAAAUCCACGUCAAAUGUAUCAUCAAACACGGAAGAUGAAUCGUCUAUGAAUGUUAAUGAUAAACCAUAUGGAAGACCUAAGUCAAACGUAUGGCAGCAUGCUACCAGAAUAAAUUCACAGCAAGCAAACUGUAAUAAAUGUGACAAAAUAAUAUCGACAUCGUACGGCUCAACAGGCACUUUACGCGCUCAUUUGGCAAAGCAACAUGAAAUGAUUGCAUUCAAUAAGCCCUUGGCAGAAUUAAAGAAACCUCAUUCGAUAGCAACUGACGAAAAACAAAAAUUAUAUAUAUUAGCUAUGAAGUGCAUCAUGGAGGAUGGUCGUUCUUUUAAUGACUUACAUAAACCUGGUAUGGCAAAACUCUUAAAUGCUAUAAGACCAGAUACACCAUCUGAAAAUCCGAUUUUGAAGACUCCCCAUAUAUCGAAAGCUGCAGUAAACAUUUCUCAACAAAAUGGUGAAUGGCCGUAA